CUACUGGCUCACCUGCUACUCUUCCAGGCGCCUCUUUCCCGAGCAUUACCAGCCGCCUCACUCUGCCACCUGAACCUGGGCCAGUCACUGUCAACCUCUCUCUACUGUCGCUCGCGUCCGGCUCGCACCACCACACCUGUCCACAGCUUGGAUUGCAGCUCUCCUGUCUCAGCUGUGGAGGAGCUUUGUUUACAGUUCUCCUGUCUCAGCUGUAGAGCUUUGUUUACAGUUCUCCUGUCUCAGCUGUGGAGGAGCUAUGUUUACAGUUCUCCUGUCUCAGCUGUAGAGCUUAGUUUACAGUUCUCCUGUCUCAGCAGUGGAGGAGUUUUGUUUACAACUCUUGGUUGAUUAUUCGUAAACAAAUGAUAAAUAAAUAUACAGUUCGCCAGCUACUGAGAUAGCAAAAUAUCGUUUAUACCUACACAGAUAUGCGUAUGCAAACAAUGUGUACUCACAUUAACAUGCGUUUGCAAACAGUGUGUACUCGCAGGGACGUGUAUACAAGCCAUGUAUACUCGCAGUGACACGUGUAUGCAUGCAGUGUAUACCCACAACGAUAAAUAUGUGCAACUUUUGUAAAGAAUCGUAGCAAAAUAUGAUACUGUUGGUGGAGUGUUGCUGCGCUACUCUCUCACGUUAGAAGAAAAAGUAGAAAUACACAGCGACAGUUCGUUGAUUACUGCCCCAGAUAACGUCGACUAUUUCCCCUGGAUAACUUCCACUACUUCCCCACAUAACGUCGACCACUGGCUUGGAUAACGUCGACUAUUUCCCUGGAUAACUUCCACUACUUCCCUACAUAACGUCGACCACUGGCUUGGAUAACGUCGACUAUUUCCCUGGAUAACUUCCACUACUUCCCUACAUAACGUCGACUGCUGGCUUGGAUAACGUCGACUACUGCCCUAGAUAACCUUGAUACCGGCUUGGAGAAGGUCAAGUUCCGGUUUAGAUAUAAGGUUUACGGUUGGUGCGGAAAGAUCUGGAUGUGGUGAUAUUUUGCAGGUCCAGAGAUGUCGCAAAACUCUUCGUCAAACAACAUUCAGAACGGACGGUGGGUGGAGAACUCUGCGCCAGGCUUCUCCAGCGGCCUCAUGUACCAGGAUUUCCUUCCCUUGAAAGACCCGGAUAACUCGACAUGCUGGUCCACCAGCUACCAGAGCUUCAGCGAGACGGUUCAACACGCCAACGAAUGGCUUGGCCGCCACGAAGGCUACGAGAUCCUGGGAUGUGAAAGCUUGGCCUGCACCCCGUCUGAGAUGCCCUCCUACCUGGCCGACUCUUGGCCCACCACCACACACAUCAGGGGCCUCCGUCUGUGGCUGAGAGGUCCUGGUGAAGACACGUCCUCUUCUGUCACCGGUCGCUUCCUGCUCAGUUACCGGGACUUCACGCCAUACCUGGACCGCAAGAACCUAUUCAGUAGGGACUACGAAGACACCGGAGUGCUGUUGGAGCGUCUCAACCAGUACCUGGAGAACCGCACCUCCAGGGUUCGUAUCCUGGCCGUGGAGACCCUGGACACCCCCAUGAGCGGCGUGCUGGACAUCGAGGUGGACACCGAGAAGUCUUCCCUCACCUUCUCCCAGCACGGCUUUACCAAGUACUGCCGCUCGCUGCGGGUGUUCUUCGUGACGCAGUACCAGAAGCGGCCGCAAGAGGGCCAGGGAUAUGACGUUAUACCCAGGAUCUGCCUCUUGGACUUUGUCCCAAAAAACAAACCAGACAAAUUCAUAAGUGGCGAGGAGACGGUGACGGAGAUGAUGCAGCGAGCCCUCAGGUGGUGCUCUACCACUAAGGGUGUCACCCUACUCAAUCUUCAGGUCCUGCCCGCUAAAGCUGGCCGCACCACCACAGCCUCCACCUGGAUGCUGGAAAAUCCUGGACACGUCUUCAAUAAGUUUUUUUCCUUCGUCCGCAUCGCCUACACCGAGGGCGAGGUCACAGAGGUGACGGAGGAGAGCGCCGGCGGCGAGGCUGCGGGCGAGGCUACCGGCGAGGCGGUGGACGAGGUGGCCCCGGAGUCCACGGUGGAGGACGACGUCCCUAGGGACGACCAGGACACAGUGGCCGAGGUGAUGAGCCUGCCUGGUGUGGUGAGUGUGGCGGCCCUCCGGCCUCCCUCAGGACCACUAACCGGCCUCCAUUGCAAGACCUUCCUCCCUAAACAACUGACUGCAGGAGGCGCGUGUAGGCACAGCGAGUGGGAGCCGCUGGAGGAGACGGUGAGUCGUCUCAACUCCUGGGUGGACGCCUGCCAGGGUGUCCUCGUCAACAUCCACACCCGCUACGCCUACACCCAAGGGCGCUCAGGGACCGUGGACCCGGAGGCAAGCAGUUGGGUGAAACAUCUAACUGGAGGCGGCCAGGUGGCUGUCUUACACCUGGUGAUCAGGGGCGGCCGCUCCCCCACCGCCCUCCCCGCCCGCCACCAGGAACCGACCCCCACCUGCGUCAUCCUGUAGUCGACAGGGAUGUAGACUCGACAUUUGUAGAUGGGAGGCUCCGUCCACGGUGCAGGCGGAGCCUCUCGUCAACACUCAUCUCUGGACACCUUCAUGUAGAAACUACACCCUCAGCUCCCAGCUGUUGUAGUGACUACAUCCUUAGCUCCCAGCUGUUGUAGUGACUACACCCUCAGCUCCCAGCUGUUGUAGUAAAAUAAAUCUCUGUAUUCAUAAUAUAAAUACUAUUUUCAGAAUUAUGUAUUAACAAAAUAGAUCACUGUGUUGUUUAAAGCACUAAAUGUUUGUUGUCUUCAGAUUCUUCAUGAAACACCUGAAGACUCCAGUUUGUCUAUGACCCCAGACACGACCCCAGACAUGACCCCCGUCUGUACACAGUGGUGGCAAGACCCCAGACAUGACCCCCGUCUGUACACAGUGGUGGCAAGACCCCAGACAUGACCCCCGUCUGUACACAGUGGUGGCAAGACCCCAGACAUGACCCCCGUCUGUACACAGUGGUGGCAAGACCCCAGACAUGAUCCCAGUCACUAUUGCCAUUACCAAGGCUGUUAAUUUCGUCUGAAGAUGUCUGUGGGUUUCUUGAUAAUUGAUCAUUACGUUAUCACUUCAAAAUCAUGUACGAUAUCUAGUAAGAUGGAGUAAUGCACCCAAAAUGUUGUAUGUAAUAUAUAAUUGUACUGCUUACUGUGUGUUACGACUUUUCUCGUAAACUCGAUGUACCUGAAAAAAAGAUUUAUACAAUGUUUACAUCCCUUGAUCUAGGAAGAUAGUUGUCAGGGCUUCCCUGGUGGAGGAGUGUCGUGUCCGUCCUCUCAACCUCCACAGCACCACUACACACAUUCCCUCAUCCUCACAUCUCUCACAUUACACUCACAUUACUCACAGACACGCACAUACACUGUGCAUUAACACGUACACAUGACUAAAAGGAGGGUGUAAUGUUAGCGUUCAUUGCCACUAGGUGGCAAGUGUAUAACAAAUCAAGCUUAGACUCAAAUUUAGUUUCAAGUAAUCGGAAUGUGUUGCGCAAUUUACGAUGUUCAACCUUGACUACCGUUACAGAGAUUUACUUAACAAAUUAAAAUGAUCGUCGACCGUCGGUUGAUGAGGACUAAUCAUUGGGCUGAACUUAAAUUUUAAGUAAAUCGCUUAAAAUUAACGUAACGAGGGCUAAUCAUUUCUUGCCGGCUGCUCCAAAUGACUUCUUUCAUAUUUUGGCAAACCAAUUGUUACAUUGACUUAUUUGUGUUAACCAAUCAUAAUCAAGCAUGUAAGACGGGUGGACAUCGUUCCUGUGCUUGCAGUAAUUGUUGACCUGCUUGUAGGGUGAGUCUGGGAAGUGCUUCUGAUCCCGUGGUGCUCUUCCACUAUCUGGGUGCCGCGGGUGAAGGAGUUUGUUUAUGGGGUGCCGGAUAGGAUGCAUCCGCUGACGGAACCGCCUAGUGGCCGGGCGCCCUCAGCCCACAUGCUGCUGUGGGAAGCGUACUGCUUGCGCUUUCCGGUGCAAGCAGUACGCUUGCACCGGAAAGCAGUUCCCUGAUAAAUCAAUAUUUAUCAGGGAAAGCAGUUCCCUGAUAAAUAUUAGUAGACGUCAUGGACACAACGUGCCGCCCUCUGGAGCGACGUCUCCUUCUUCCGUCCACCCCUGUUUUCGUCGCCGCUCCACUGUCUACGGCAACUCGCGACCGUCACUUUUGACCCAUUCUCAACAUACGCGCGUCUCCUAACAUUUGUCCUGGUGCAGUCAUCGGGAGGACUCUCCCUUCGUGCAAGCUGCACCUACUAUCAAGAAGAAUAGUCUGGGAAACGGGUAGAAUAAGGCUUAGCGUUGAGAGGAAGCGCUCUGAGCCUGCAAACACCUAGGUUUGGGAGGAGCCUAGCCUUUUUGGAUGACCCAUUGACGUGCGGAUCUCCCUGCAUAAUAUAAUGAUAAAUGGAGUAACUAGUAUGAAUUUCACUUAUCUCGUAGAUUUUGUUGGUUUCCUGUAUAUUGCUGCUCUCGGGCUGUUCAAAGGCAAUCCAAGAUGGAAAUUUCCUCUACGAGCAAAUGUUUUGGCUAGCUCAUCAGUUAUAUCAUGUAUUCAGAGACCAAUAUUGGAAGGAAUCCACAGGAGACAAACUCUGACUCCAUCAUUAAUUAUUUAAUUACAUUUGUGUGUAGCUCUCGGACACAGCACAUCACCGUUAUGCCUUGGUGACCGGAGUACAAUCAAGGGUAAAAAAGUCACUUAAAAUAAACAUGUCAACUUGGAUUCAUAUACUCUUUGAAUGCAGGGAUUAUGGCAAACCAUUCGAUCUGAAGAGUGGAGGUCCAGUUAUUUAUACGCGCUCCACACCUAAAGGAAGAGAAGCCAUUUCCCGCUGUCACAACUGCACUUCCAGUUGCACCAUAGGACUGGUGCAAGGAGCCAUCAGUGUAAAUAAUCUGGGAGAGGGAGCGCUUUUGGUCCAGAUACUGCGAUGACUUCUCGAUUGCUUAUAUUCCAUCUAUCAUCAUACUAUCAUGCAAGAGGAGCCACACAUCUAUCAUCAUACUAUCAUGCAAGAGGAGCCACACAUCUAUCAUCAUACUAUCA